AUGUCUUUCCAAUAUUCACAGUACGAUCAACAGGGAGGCUCUACCUCCCCCGGAGGGACCAACCAACAAGGUCAAAAUCAAGCCGCCAACCCCGGACAGCCCCCAAGCCAGUCCCCAGCCCCAUUCAACGGCAAUGGGUCCGCUAACGGCGCCAAUGGCAAUGAUGCCAAGACCACUCUCUGGAUGGGUGAACUUGAGCCAUGGAUUGAUGAGAACUUCAUCCGAAGUGUCUGGUACAGUCUCGGUGAGCAAGUCAAUGUCAAGAUGAUCCGCGAUAAGUUCAACGGUAGCGCCGGAUACUGUUUCGUUGAUUUCACCAGCCCACAGGCUGCUGCUAAAGCUUUAGCUUUGAACGGUACUCAGAUCCCCAACAGCAACCGCCCAUUCAAGCUCAACUGGGCUUCAGGCGGUGGCCUUGCCGAUAGGAGAGAUGACCGUGGUCCUGAAUACUCAAUCUUCGUCGGCGAUCUCGGCCCAGAAGUUAACGAGUUCGUUCUCGUUUCCCUCUUCCAGGGCCGAUUCCAAUCUUGCAAGUCUGCCAAGAUUAUGACUGAUCCUAUCAGCGGCAUGUCCCGCGGUUAUGGAUUUGUCCGAUUCGCCGAUGAGAUGGACCAGCAGCGCGCUCUCACCGAGAUGCAAGGCGUCUACUGCGGAAACCGACCUAUGCGUAUCUCUACCGCAACCCCGAAGAACAAGGGUGGAAAUCAGGGCAUGAUGCAGCAGGGCAUGGGAGGUAUGGCUCCCCAAAUGGGAAUGUACACCAUGGGUGCCCCAACCAUGGGGUACUACGGCGCUCCUCAGCCAAUGAACCAAUUCACAGAUCCCAACAACACUACUGUCUUCGUCGGUGGACUUUCCGGCUACGUCACCGAGGAUGAACUCCGUUCAUUCUUCCAGGGAUUCGGCGAGAUCACCUACGUUAAGAUUCCACCAGGCAAGGGAUGCGGCUUCGUUCAGUUCGUUCAGCGACAUGCGGCAGAAAUGGCUAUCAACCAAAUGCAGGGAUACCCAAUCGGCAACUCUCGUGUCAGACUCUCCUGGGGCCGCAGCCAAAACAACUCUGGACCCGCCGGCACUCCGUAUCGCCCAGCUCCCCCACCACCCGUCUACCCAUCCAUGGGAAUGGCUCCUCAACACCCAUUCGGACCAUACGCUCCACUAAAUCCCAAUGCGUACACCGUCCAUUCCGAGAGGCCCGAAGGCGCUGAAGGGGCAGAUGGUGCACCUGCGCCAGCCGGAAUGCCCGGUGCCAUCCAGAACCCGGUUCUUCCCACUGAGAUCCUCGGAGUAGACAAAUUGAACCAAAUGUCUGCUACAAAUGACGCCUCUGUUGCCGAUCGAAUGGAAGCCGACGGACGCCCAUAUUUGAGCGUCUACUCCCAGUAA